AUGAUCCGCUCUGCCCUCUUUUCCAUCGUCCUUUGGCAGGCAGCUGCCGAUGACCACAAGCCGUCUGAAGAGAGCAUCUUGCCAACGAAGCCUCCACAGCCACCGACUGACAACGGCGAUCAUGAGGAUUUCUUUCAAAUGCUUCAUUACCUAUUCCACCACGGUAUGGGUGGUGUCCAUAGCGAGGCCGCGGACUUCAUGCCGAGUGCCGUUGGCGAUAUUACUGAUAUUAUGCCGGGUGACUUCUUUGAUACCCGGAAGACUACCAAGUUUGGGGUUUACUCGGGUGACUUCAAAUUGGACGAAUAUGACAGCGUCGCCACCGACGUGACGGUUUACGCCAAGACGAAAGAGUACAACGUCAACGAUGAGGACUUCCGUUAUCUCACCGUUGGUGUCCACGGAGGCACCUUUGGGCAUUGGUUUGGUUACUACCCGACCGUGAAGAUGUACAAUGGUGUCGGCAAUGCGUACAUCAGCGCCUAUUACUUCCGUCCUCUUCCUGUCGAACCUGACAUGAUGACUGGAAAUCAUUCAAGGAACGAGCACGAUGCCGAGAGACAUGCUAAGGACUAA